AUGGAGGACCUCACAAGCACACUGUCGAAACUCGGCCUCGACAAGGUCCCGCAGGAACCCAACACAUACCCCAACCUGAACCCCUUCGACAUCUACAGGAGCCACAUCACAGAGUUGCUCUCUUCCGUCUCUGGCGUAGACAAGCACAUAAUAUACCCCACACUGGCAUGGACCGCAAAGCCCGAACACGGCGAUUUACAGCUGGCCGUGCCUGCGCUUCGCCAGAAGAAGAAGGACAUGAAGGCAUUCGCACAGGAGCUGGCAGAUGCUUUCCCAGAGUCGCCGCUGGUCAAGAAGCCCAUUGUUACAAACACUUCAAUUGGCUUCUUUUUCAAGCCGGAAACCCUCACCUCGCUUGUUCUUCCCAUGAUUCUCAAGUCCAAGGAAAGCUAUGGCUUUAACAAGAACCUUGGCCUCAAAGACGCCUCAGACCCUUCGUCUGGCCCCAAGAAGAUGAUUGUCGAGUUCAGUUCGCCCAACAUUGCUAAGCCCUUCCACGCCGGUCACUUGCGAAGCACGAUUAUUGGCGGUUUCCUUGCGAAUCUAUACGAAGGUGCGGGAUGGGACGUCAUUCGUAUGAACUACCUCGGAGACUGGGGAAAGCAAUACGGUGUGCUGGCUAUUGGUUUCGAUCUCUACGGCAGCGAAGAAGAGCUCGUCAAGAACCCUAUUGGUCACCUGUACGACAUCUACGUCAAGGUCAGCAACGUACAGCACGAAGAGGCUGAGCAGGUCAAGGCUCUCAAGGCCGAGGUCGCGAAGCUCAAAGAGGAGGGCAAGGACGCAUCGGAGCAGGAGAACAAGAUCAAGCAGAUUGAGUCUGACGGCAUUGAUGAGCAGGCUAGGAGGUACUUCAAGGGCAUGGUAGAUGGUGAGCCCAAGGCUCUCGGUAUCUGGAAGCGAUUCAGGGACCUUUCCAUUGAAAAGUACAAGCAGACCUAUGCGCGACUCAACAUUCACUACGACGACUACAGCGGAGAGUCGCAAGUCAAGGACGAGAGCAUGGAACUUGCUGCCAAGACCAUGUGGGAAAAGAAGGUCUGCGAGGACUCGGAGGGAGCAGUCAUUGUCGAUCUCACACCGCACUCGAAGAAAUUGGGUAAGGCUGUUGUCAAGAAGAAGGACGGUACUUCGCUGUACCUGACACGAGACAUCGGUGCUGCCAUUGAGCGUGACGAGAAGUACCACUUUGACAAAAUGAUCUAUGUUGUUGCCUCGCAACAGGAUCUCCAUCUGGCCCAGCUGUUCAAGAUUGAAGAGCUCAUGGGAAGGAAAGAUCUCUCAGACAGGUGUCAGCACAUCAACUUUGGCAUGGUCUUGGGCAUGUCUACACGAAAGGGCACUGCCAAAUUCCUCGACGACAUCCUCCGGGACGUGGGCGAAAAGAUGCACGAGGUAAUGAAGACCAACGAGAACAAAUACGCCCAGGUCAAGGACCCCGAGCAAACCGCCGACACACUCGGCAUCUCGGCCGUCAUGGUGCAAGACAUGAAGGGCAAGCGCAUCAACAACUACACCUUUGACAUGGACCGCAUGACGUCGUUUGAAGGCGACACAGGCCCGUACCUGCAAUACGCGCACGCGCGCCUCUGCUCCAUCUACCGCAAAGCCGUCGAAUCGGACGCGUCGCUCGCCGACCUCGAUCUCGCCACUGCGGCCGACGUCAGUCUCCUCCAGGAAGACAAGGCCGUCGAGCUCGUGCGCCAACUCGCCAGCUGGCCCGAUACCUUCCUCAACACGCUCAAGACACAGGAGCCCACGACGGUGCUUACCUACCUGUUCAAAAUGGCUCAUGCACUCAGCAGUAGCUACGACCACUUGCAGGUUGUGGGCUCCGAGAGAAACGUCCUCGUUGCCAGGCUGGCGCUCUACGUCGCGGCUAGGCAGGUGCUGUACAAUGGUAUGCGUGUCUUGGGCCUGAGUCCCGUCGAGCGAAUGUAGAAAAGUAGUUUCUUGCUGUCUUUGUUUUGGCUGCAGGUUGUCAUGGCAUGUACAAAUGAUAUGAUAUGAGAUGUGAUGUGAUGAAUUCGAUUCCGGGGUUUUGCUUCACUCUCUCUCUCUCUC